AUGGGUUUCGAGUUAAAGGCUGCUGUUCCACGGCUGGCCUCCACCAUUCUCCUCCUCGCUCGAAGCCCACAGCACGCCGUAUCGCAGCAGCGGCGGACGACGAGCAACAAUGCUUCUCGGGAGAAUGACCUUCACGUUCUCAUGAUGAAGCGGCACAGCAAGGCACGCUUCAUGCCGAGCUUCUACGUGUUCCCUGGCGGUGGUAUCGAGGGCAUCGAUUACGCCACGGCGAAGCACUACCUGGCGGCGAACUACCACGUGCAUCUGCAGGAUGCAGAGGACAAGAAGAUGACGCAGGACUUCCUUGAGUCGUGCGCGCAACCGUCCGCUGUAGAAGCAGAGGUGGAGGCGUGGGCCUGUCGCGUUGGGGCACUGCGCGAGCUCGCCGAGGAGACUGCGUGUGUUUUGCGAAGAGAUGGUCACAUCUGUACGGUGGCCCAGUGGAUCAAGUGGCAGAAGUCACGCGAUGCGAGUGCAGCAGACCGCGCGUCCACUGGUUCCGUCUCGUCCCUCUCCGCGACGCCGCUUUCCAUCUACGACCUUCCUGCCGUCUCGAGCCUCCGUCCCGUUGCGCGGUGGGUGUCGCCGCGACAGUUCAAGCACCGCUACGACACCUACUUCUAUGCUGCUCUUGUGGACUCUGCUCUGGUCAGCGCAGAGUCACACGAAGAGGUGCCCAUGCCAUGUUCCACUCAGACAUUUAGUGGUAAUGAGGCAAAUCCUGGUGCGGCGGUUCGUCACAUCCCACCACAGGAGCUGCCGCUCCUCGGACAGGCCAGUGAAGUUUCGGAGCUGCUCUGGGUAAGUCCGCUGGAGGCGCUGCGACGACAUGAGGACACGAGUGAUUCCUUCUCACUGGCACCCCCGACGUAUCUGAUAUUACACGCGUUGUCUCUGCAGCCAGGCUUUGUGUCGAUGGCAGCGGCCUGGGAAGCAGAGCCACCCUCUCCGGUAGACGCUGUGGCAAAGUCGUUAGGCGAACUGCCGUACAGCAGCGUACUGCCGUGCGUGGAGCCGAUCAGCACCACAACGGAGGACGGACACCGCAUUAUCGACUUUGCGCUGCCGGCACGCUACUUCCACGAAACGGGCUGGUCUAUGGCGGAGGGCGAGUACCUUGUCCCUGGCGCGAACUUUGCCGAGUACAGGCACUUCAUUCGCGUGUUUGUUGGCCGUGCUGGAGUACCACAAGUAGGUGGCGCCACGGCGGACAGGGCAUACGUCAUCCUCCAUUGA